AUGGGCUGCAGUGAGCCUGUUGCCAGGAAUUUCUUGAAGUACAAGAGGUUCGGGAUCGGACCACUGGCCGACUUCGAGACCGAACGCAUAAGGCGCACACAGCGUGACCGGAAUCUACGAGAUGAUCGCGUCCAACGCGAUGCGGAUGCUGGCGAGGGCAGCGGCAACGUAUUAGAAAAAAUGAGAAGGGUUCGAGACCUGGAGACGCGGUUAAGAGAGCAAAAAGAGAAGGAGGAACAGCUGGAGCAGGAAAUGCUCGAGGAGAUGAAGCGGAAGAAGCAGAAGAAGCGUGCCGGUCUAGCCCCUUUGGGACCAGUGAUGGCACGUGAAGAGGUGGUGGAUCCGCUACAAAAAGUGGCCACUUCGGCUCCGGAGUCGGAGCCGGUGGAGCCAACGGAGGCGCCGGCCACUGCCCAGGCUGCAGCGGAGCCGGAGCCUACGAGUCAGACUGGCCAGUGGCAGAGCCUGCCACGACAGCCUGCAUCCACAGACUGGCGAAGAGAUGAGGAGGAAAAGAAGAAGAAGACUCAGGAACAGCAGACCCAUCAAAAGCAUCACAAGAAAAAGAAGAAGCGCCGACGAGGGGAUGAUGAGGAGGAGAAGUCUGAAGAAUCGGAGAAGCACCAGCGCAAGAGGCAGCGCUCUCGGUCGCGGUCUGUCCCUGUGGACGACGAAGCAGCCCGCAAGGCAUCAAGCAGCUCAGGACUCAUGACCGAGAAGGAGGUUCUUGCCAUGAUGGGCAAGGAGAAGGCCAAGGAGAAGCCACAGCGCGGAUCAGUGCAGGCCAGACUGCGCAUCCAACGGGAAAUGCAGGAGUGGAACAGUACCAAAGCCGAGAAUGAAGAGUUCUGGAAAGCACCGCGGUUUGCGCUCUGUCGCUUGCUCGGAAAGUUUUCGGCCAGCCAAGAAGUCUUCAUUCGGUGGUCCCAGCUGGCAUGUUUGACGCCAACAAGAAACCAGGAAAGAUCUAAGGUAACACUGGUCCAAACAUGGCAGAUCCUCACCGUAAAGGAACAGCCGGAGAGACGCAUCACCGAUGUCACGGGCUGCUGUGCUCGUGCAGCAUACCCUGCCCUGUCGCCCCGGUCUGGGAUGAUGAAGCGAAAAGACGGCGACCACUUGGGCAUCAACGGCGUUUAUGCCCUGCGCAAAGAACCUCACAAUGGUGCACCUUGCUGGGCCCAACAGCCCUGGGAGGGCAGCGUAGAGGUCUGGCACAUUUUUCGCUCAAGAGACCGGACGUCGUGGGUCAUCGAUUCCGCGUUGCACAGCGCCGGUCGGGAUGACGCCGUCGCGGCGCGGUUGAUCGCAAACGUGGAGGACCCCACGGCUGCUGCAGAUUGCUGGGUUCCCAUCCCGGCGCUGAAGCUGGUUCCAUUUAAGAGCCGCUCCGGCUACUCAGCUUUUGCCCCCGGAGACGAGUCUGAAGAGGUGGCAAAGCUUCGUGUCUUAAUCCAGGAAGCAAUCAGGGAGCGAGAUGAGGCCCUCGCAAGGCGUCAACAGAUCGAGAGCGACUCGGUCAGACGCAACAAGUCCUCCGCAGCAGACAUCGCCCAACAACGAAUCAGGUUCGAGGCCUCACGCGUUGGCUUGGACUCAAGCAAGUCAGAGGCCAAUCGACUCCGGCAGAAGUGCCACUUGGAUGCGAAAAAGAAGCAGAGCAGCCAGGAGCAGAAUCGCAAAGCCCUGGCACGCAUCGUCGAUGCUCAGGAAUACAAGAAGCAGCUGGAAUGUCAAGUGGCACUUGAAAAGGAGGAGGUGCAGUCUCUCCUUCACGAGGUUUCGUUGCUGAAGGGCGAGAUCAAGGCGUCCAUCGAGCGGAAGGUACUCAAACAGGUGGAGCUCACCGGAAUAAGCCAUAUGGGCUUGGAUGACAGGACGGUGGCAGAGUUGGCAAGGAAGUAUUCAAUGAGCAGCGGCAGCGACAGUGAGCCAGAGGUGGUUGCGGAGCAGGAGGAGCAAGAUGACACCCUUGACGACUUGGAGUUGACUUAUGAGGGCCUGGAGCUCUCAUCCGUAAUGCCCAUUCGCCAAGCACUUCGUUUGGCCUCAGGCCACAUGACGGAGAAAGAGACGAUGUCGAAGGUCGACAUUCCAGAGACGGGACUCCUCGAGCGUGAAGGCGUCGAGUUCAGCCGAUGGACCCGGCCGUCCCCGAGCGGAAACAAGGAAUGGAGUGAAGAAGAGCUCGAGCAGGAAUUUGGUGAGCAUCUUCGAAACCUGGAGAAGCUCCUGAAUGACCUGCGACGUGAGCAAGCAGAAGAGGCAGAGGAUCGCCGCUGCAAGGCGGCUCUCGCCGCGCUUAAAAAGAAGAAGAAGGAAGAAGCUGCAGGUGAGAAGGUACCUGCACCGAAGAUGGCCAUGGGUUUCUCCUGGGGUUUUACCAGGAACUCCACCCAAAAUUUCACCCACGAGCCGGCCGAGCCCGAGGCGCCUAAGGUGUCUGUCGUAUCCGGCUUCAGCAAUUUUUCACCGUACGCCGUGAUGUGCCGCAAGUACACGAAGCUGGCCUUCUGA